AUGGAUUAUAUUAGUCAUAUAUCAUUUGCAUCAAUUAGAAAGCCUCCAAAUUCACCAUGUGAACAUGAACGUGUUACUAGUUCAUUUAAUAGACUUCCAGAGAGUUCAUUUGUUACUACCAGCGUUAUAAGUUUACGUGAAUUAUCCAGUAAUGAAGCUGCUUUUUAUCUAUGCAUUCGUAUUAUUCCUGUACAAAUUACUCCACAUAUUGAUUCAUCAGAAAAUACCGCAUCAUCACCAUCACAACCACAACAACAACAGCAACCACGGAAUUAUUCUGAUAUUGACGGUAAAUGGAUCUAUGCUAAUGGUACUACACCGGAGUAUCGUUUAUCCUUUCGGACAACAAGUGCUCUUAUGCCAUUAUGGGUACAAAUUAUUUUAAUUAUUUUAUUAUUUUUUCUAUCUGGUUUAUUUAGUGGUCUUAAUUUGGGCCUUAUGUCACUUGAUAAAACUGAAUUAAAAAUUAUUGAAAGUGCUGGUUCACAUAAGGAAAAAGGUUAUGCUAAAGCUAUACGUCCUGUACGUGAAAAAGGCAAUCUGUUAUUAUGUACACUUCUGCUGGGUAAUGUACUUGUCAAUACAUCAUUAACUAUACUUAUGGAUGAUUUAACUGGGAGUGGUUUAUUCGCUGUUAUCGCCUCUACUAUUGGUAUUACACUAUUUGGUGAAAUUAUGCCACAAGCUGUAUGCUCAAGGCAUGGAUUAGCUAUCGGUGCAAAAACUUUAUGGUUGACAAAAACAUUUAUGCUGCUCACCUUUCCAAUUGCAUUUCCUGUUAGUUAUAUAUUGGAUAAAAUACUUGGUGAAGAAAUUGGUCAAGUGUAUAGUAGAGAAAAGCUUGGAGUACUUAUACGUGAACAAGAGUUGGAAAUGAAAUUGUAUAUAAUCUUAAUUACAGUAUUUCUAAAACUAUUACUCAUUCAUACAAUCUCUACUGAGCCUAUUAUUUAUGGGGCACUUCCAGAUACAUAUGAAUCAAUAACAGAUCAUAUCAUUGUCUUACAAUCUAAUAAACCUAUACAUUUAACUAUAUUUGGUUUACAAAUGGAUUAUAUUAGUCAUAUAUCAUUUGCAUCAAUUAGAAAGCCUCCAAAUUCACCAUGUGAACAUGAACGUGUUACUAGUUCAUUUAAUACACUUCCAGAGAGUUCAUUUGUUACUACCAGCGUUAUAAGUUUACGUGAAUUAUCCAGUAAUGAAGCUGCUUUUUAUCUAUGCAUUCGUAUUAUUCCUGUACAAAUUACUCCACAUAUUGAUUCAUCAGAAAAUACCGCAUCAUCACCAUCACAACCACAACAACAACAGCAACCACGGAAUUAUUCUGAUAUUGACGGUAAAUGGAUCUAUGCUAAUGGUACUACACCGGAGUAUCGUUUAUCCUUUCGGACAACAAGUGCUCUUAUGCCAUUAUGGGUACAAAUUAUUUUAAUUAUUUUAUUAUUUUUUCUAUCUGGUUUAUUUAGUGGUCUUAAUUUGGGCCUUAUGUCACUUGAUAAAACUGAAUUAAAAAUUAUUGAAAGUGCUGGUUCACAUAAGGAAAAAGGUUAUGCUAAAGCUAUACGUCCUGUACGUGAAAAAGGCAAUCUGUUAUUAUGUACACUUCUGCUGGGUAAUGUACUUGUCAAUACAUCAUUAACUAUACUUAUGGAUGAUUUAACUGGGAGUGGUUUAUUCGCUGUUAUCGCCUCUACUAUUGGUAUUACACUAUUUGGUGAAAUUAUGCCACAAGCUGUAUGCUCAAGGCAUGGAUUAGCUAUCGGUGCAAAAACUUUAUGGUUGACAAAAACAUUUAUGCUGCUCACCUUUCCAAUUGCAUUUCCUGUUAGUUAUAUAUUGGAUAAAAUACUUGGUGAAGAAAUUGGUCAAGUGUAUAGUAGAGAAAAGCUUGGAGUACUUAUACGUGAACAAGAGUUGGAAAUGAAAUUGUAUAUAAUCUUAAUUACAGUAUUUCUAAAACUAUUACUCAUUCAUACAAUCUCUACUGAGCCUAUUAAUUAUGGGGCACUUCCAGAUACAUAUGAAUCAAUAACAGAUCAUAUCAUUGUCUUACAAUCUAAUAAAGCUAUACAUUUAACUAUAUUUGGUUUACAAAUGGAUUAUAUUAGUCAUAUAUCAUUUGCAUCAAUUAGAAAGCCUCCAAAUUCACCAUAUGAACAUGAACGUGUUACUAGUUCAUUUAAUACACUUCCCGAGAGUUCAUUUGUUACUACCAGCGUUAUAAGUUUACGUGAAUUAUCCAGUAAUGAAGCUGCUUUUUAUCUAUGCAUUCGUAUUAUUCCUGUACAAAUUACUCCACAUAUUGAUUCAUCAGAAAAUACCGCAUCAUCACCAUCACAACCACAACAACAACAGCAACCACGGAAUUAUUCUGAUAUUGACGGUAAAUGGAUCUAUGCUAAUGGUACUACACCGGAGUAUCGUUUAUCCUUUCGGACAACAAGUGCUCUUAUGCCAUUACGGGUACAAAUUAUUUUAAUUAUUUUAUUAUUUUUUCUAUCUGGUUUAUUUAGUGGUCUUAAUUUGGGCCUUAUGUCACUUGAUAAAACUGAAUUAAAAAUUAUUGAAAGUGCUGGUUCACAUAAGGAAAAAGGUUAUGCUAAAGCUAUACGUCCUGUACGUGAAAAAGGCAAUCUGUUAUUAUGUACACUUCUGCUGGGUAAUGUACUUGUCAAUACAUCAUUAACUAUACUUAUGGAUGAUUUAACUGGGAGUGGUUUAUUCGCUGUUAUCGCCUCUACUAUUGGUAUUACACUAUUUGGUGAAAUUAUGCCACAAGCUGUAUGCUCAAGGCAUGGAUUAGCUAUCGGUGCAAAAACUUUAUGGUUGACAAAAACAUUUAUGCUGCUCACCUUUCCAAUUGCAUUUCCUGUUAGUUAUAUAUUGGAUAAAAUACUUGGUGAGGAAAUUGGUCAAGUGUAUAGUAGAGAAAAGCUUGGAGUACUUAUACGUGAACAAGAGUUGGAAAUGAAAUUGUAUAUAAUCUUAAUUACAGUAUUUCUAAAACUAUUACUCAUUCAUACAAUCUCUACUGAGCCUAUUAAUUAUGGGGCACUUCCAGAUACAUAUGAAUCAAUAACAGAUCAUAUCAUUGUCUUACAAUCUAAUAAAGCUAUACAUUUAACUAUAUUUGGUUUACAAAUGGAUUAUAUUAGUCAUAUAUCAUUUGCAUCAAUUAGAAAGCCUCCAAAUUCACCAUAUGAACAUGAACGUGUUACUAGUUCAUUUAAUACACUUCCAGAGAGUUCAUUUGUUACUACCAGCGUUAUAAGUUUACGUGAAUUAGCGGCUGAAUAUGUUAAUUGUCAUGAAUUACGUCGAUCACGUGUAUGCCGUUUACCGUUUCAUCUUGGACCAUCUCCAGAAUUGGCUUUAGGUGUUUCAGUGUAUUGUCUAAUUCGUCCAGUACACUUGCCUACUCCAAUAUGGCUUUCAUCUAAUGACAAUAAGCCAAUCACAGUAAGAAGGCAAUAUUACAAAGGCAUAGAUCCAUAUGGUUCGUAUGAUCCAGUGAAAGAUGCACUCGCUGAUCAUGAUCUAGUUCGUGGUAUUAAACUUGAUGGUCGUUAUGUAUGCUUUGAUAAAGAUGAAAUUAAUGAAGCGAUGAAAAAUAUUGCUCCUGUUGGUAUCCAUCUGUUGGGUUUUAUAUCAAUGAAAUUUUUAAAACGUUUCUAUUAUAUUCGUCCAGCACAGUUUAUUUAUCCAGAUGAAGCAUCGAUACACGGUAGUUGUUUAUGGUUUACAGCUCUGCUGAAUCGUUGUCUACAUCGUAAACUUUUAGCUAUAGCUAUAUAUGUUCAAAGAAAGGGACAAUUUCCACGUCUUAUUGCACUUUAUCCUCAAGCUGAAGAGGUGAAUGAAGUCAAAGUUCAGACUAUGCCACCUGGAUUUCAUAUUAUAUUUUUACCCUUUGCCGACGAUUUCCGUGAUAUUGACAUUCCAUCUGGGGAAAUAGCUAAUGAAUCUCAAGUAGAUAUUGCUAAGGCAAUGAUACGUAAAUUAAUGGUACCAUUCAGUCCUGGACAAAUUGAAAAUCCCUUGCUACAACGUUAUUAUUCUCUACUUGAAGCGUUAGCAUUUAAUCGAGAAUCUCAAGCUGAAAUUGUUGAUCAUACAUUACCUAAAAUCGGAGCUAUGAAAAGAAGAGCCAGUGUAGAAAUUGAAGCCUUCAGACAAUGUUUCAACUUGGAGGCAGUGAAUUCAUCAAAGAAGGCUUACACUUCACAAUCAACUGACAGUAGUAGUAGUGGUCAAAGUGUAAAACCAUUUCGAUCUGAAGAUGAACUCAAAGCAGCUGUGAGACUUGGUCAAUUAAAUAAGUAUACAGUGACAGUUUUACGUGAUACAAUCAAAUCACUUGAUCUUAAAAUAUCAACAACUGGUCGGAGUAAAAAAUCUGAUAUUAUACAACAAAUAAUGAAUCACUUUAAAUGA